AUGAAGUGCUUCUCUCUGAUGUUCAUUUUCUGUGCUGUAGCUUGUUGCAUAUAUGCUGAUAAGCGCAUCAAUGCCUUUGUUGAAUAUGACAAGCCAGCAUAUCCUGCUUACGCCCUGUUAACCAAUAACAAGAAUGGAGGAUCACUAUAUUAUCCGAGAGAAGCAGUCAUGAACCUGGAGAAGAGGUAUUUCGACAGUCUUGCUGGCCAAUCAUUGGGAAAAUAA